CACACACACAAGCAAGGUAGGUUGAAGGUGGAGUUUCUCAGCGGGGCGGUGCUGCCGAGGGGCGAGCCAUAUAAUAAACUUGUCCUCUGCGUCAAGACUUUUUCAUCUUUCAUGGGGAGGCGACAAAAAAAGAAAAGGAAAAAAAAAAGAGACAACUGUUAAUGUGACUGUGACUAAAAGUCGAGCCUGCUUGAGCUCGAAGGUAAACUUGUGAGGCCAGACUUUGUGGACCCGGAGGAGGCAGAGCUACCUGGAGGAGACCUGGGGACUGGAAGCAGCGACGAAUUUCAGGUGCGUCGGAAACCACACACACAUGGAUGUCAGGAAGAGGCCAUACGAUGCUGCCCACUUCACUCUACUCGGCUUCAGCACCAAAUAGUCACGUCAGCCAGGCGGGCAGAUACCUGAGCAGCCCCCACAACACGCCCGAAGAGGACGAUGAGACCAUGAGCACAGAGGAACGAGACACCAGGGCCGUCCACGGGCUGGACUCCACCCCAAAACAUGAUGGCCGCCGCCCUCUUCCACAGCACGCCAGCCUCGCUGAUGACUCACGCUUCGGCAGACAGAGGCUGGACACGGAGCGGGAGCACAAACACAACCGCACUCUCCCCCAACCUGGCCCGGGCUACGGCUCCUACCAGCCGCCUGGCAGCUUGCCGGCUGGGUACGGUCAGCCCACUCCAUUCCCCAGCCAGGCAGAAGGGCCGUGGCCGCACCCGAGCUUCGCCAGCGGCUGGUCGGGCUAUCCCAACAGCCUGCCGUCCUAUAUGAGCCAGAAAGCUUACCCCAGCGGUUCUGGGGAGAGCUGCCACUCCAGGUUGAAGUUCCUGUCCCUCCCCAGCAGACACAGCACCAGUAUGAGCAUCCUAGAGCAGCCGCUCUCUUUGCACUCCAACCUGCCUUUGGCCGACCUGUGCCACCAUACCUUGUCUCCGUACUCAUGCGCGCCCCGGGGAGCUGCCUGCUGCGCCCAGUGCCCCGCAGACACCUUCAACGGGGGGCUUAUGGUCCACAAACACCCCAGGCCUCAGUACCACCCAGCAUACAGCCCGUACCAUCCAGGUGACUGCAGACUUCCUGGAGCUGGAUACACACCGAUUGACCACAACGCUCCAGCCAGAGAGAAGCACCCGCUGUACAGCACGCUGCUUCCUCUGGAGCAGAGGAGGGUCUUUGUCACUUACGAAGCUGACAACGACAAGCAUGUCAACGAGAUCAUCAACUUUGUUGCUCUGCUGCGACACAACGGCUUUGAUACACAUAUUGACAUUUUCGAGCAGCAGUUCAGGAGUAUAAGCAAGAUAGACUUCAUGGAGCGGUACCUCAGUGAGAAAGAGUACCUGAUCAUCAUCAUCAUCAGCCCCAAGUACUAUGAGACGGUGACAGCCUGCCCUGUCGGCCUGGAGAACGACGAGAGGACCUUCAACACCGUCUACAUACACAAACAGCUCCAAAAUGAGUUCAUUCAGAAUGGAAGCAAGAAUUUCAGGUUCAUUCCCAUUUUGUUCCCUGGGGCUAAAAAGUGUCACGUCCCUAACUGGCUCCAAAACACAAACGUGUACGGAUGGCCGCGUGAUCGGGAUGACAUUCUGCGGCGCCUCAUGAGGGUCGAGAAGUAUAAUCCGCCUCCGAUCGGGGAGCUGCCAACCAUUGUUUCCAUCCCCAUAUAGAAACCUCAGACCUGGACUGAAAUCCAAAGCUUUCGCAGCUACUGGUGACUUGCGAGGUGAACGGGGAUACGUGUGCAGGAGGUUUUAUUUUACUUGUGUGACUGCGUAGAGAAUGUAAGUUGCUGUAACCUUUCUCCGGGGAUAUUUUUGCACAAGCGUCAUUAGUUCUUUUAAAUUCCUAAAGAUGCUCGGAAAAGUGCCACUGUUGUUGUGAAAUUUAGACAUACAGACUUUUUUAACAAGCUUCUUGGCCUCAACCCCCUCCACCUGCUGCCACACCACGAGUGAUGUUUACUGGUGCUACUCCAACUUAAUUAAUUCUACAGCCUAAAAUUACAGUGUUUCUUUCUAUAAAAAACAUAGUUCAGAAUUCAUGGAUCACAUCAUUUGAACACAUAUCCUCGCAAAUGAAAGAUUUUUCAUAUUUUAUUGGGACUCACACUUGCAGGUGUAAUAUAAUUGAAUAUAGAACAGAUAUGAUGAAUAGUCUGAUGGCUGUGUAUUUACAGUAGACCUGCAGGAUUUUCAUUUGAUAUGUAAACAGUGACAGAUGUUCUCCCUGGUACACACUGCCUCGGUCAUAUUGUCUCUCUUAUUGCAGUGACUAUCUAAUGCAAACAGGAUGGAUGGAGUUAGUGUUGUGUUUUGAUGAGAAAAUAGUCAGUGCAGCGUAAAAAAACAUAAUCCACUCUGCUCUCUUUGCCACUUGGUGCAAGGUAGGUAUUGUUUAAAUACAGGCAAGAUUUAGAUUUGUUUACAGUGUUUCAAUAUAUAUAUAUAUAUUUUUGUCUUGUACACCAAGUCAAUCUCUUCUCAUCUAAUAUUAAAUUAUGGUAAAAACUAGACUAUUUAUUUUUUCAGCACCAUUUGCAAUUUAUCUUUAUCAUAGGAAGGUGGUUUUUACUGGUUAAUAAGGUGCUGACUUUCAACACAUUGUUUUUGCCCAUUCACUGGUAAACCACAGGAACUUGAAGUACCUAUUUCAAGUGUAUGGGCUUUUCAGGGUCUGGAAACUAAUGAAACCCUUGAAACCAAUGUGGUACAAUAUGUAAUAAUGUGAAGUACACAGUGUCUGUAUUUGUAAAAAAUGGACUAAAACAGGCAAAAAGUGUCUUUGUAGUCAAUAAAGUACAUUUUUACUUGAUGAAAUGGUCAAACAGACAAAAGUUGAUGUUACAGAUAUUUUUAUUUUUAAUUUUAUUUCUGCACUGGACCCAUUCUUGGUGGAUUUGUUUUAAAACUACAUGUCAAAAAUAAUAAUUGAAACAAAAUUGUAGUAUUGAAAGGUGUGCUUGCAGGUGAAUAGUGUUUUGGCCUGCAUCAUAAACUUAACCCUGCACUGAUGUCUCAUCUGGGAAACAUGAAGUGUACGUGAAGCUGGCUCCAAACUUGACAGUAAACCAGAGACAAGCAGAGACCUGAGACUGGUUUGCCUGUGGGGCUUUGUCAGCAUUUUUCAAAUAGUGAGCUGCAUUUUUCUGUUUGGGAAAAAGCCAUGAGAAUGGGACGGUUUAGGCUUGCUUUUCUAUUAGUUACAGAUUUUUUUUAAAAUUACAGAACUGGACAGUUUGUACCCCAUCAGUGAUCCAGCUGAGCUGCUGAACUCAGCCUGAGAUCAGAGAAGUAGAGCUACAACAGAGUGACAGUCUACCCCCCCCCGGCAUCUGGUGGCUUAUGUGGGAAGGCUCAAACAGGAUGUUGUGUCAAUAACUAGCUGACACAGCUCCUUGCCUGGUGCGUCGUCGGGCUUCUCGAGAAUUGGCAGGUUUAGACUCAAAUGGGUCAUCACUCGUCACAACCCAUUUGUGGUUGCAGAAGAAUCACGUGUAACAUUUGACACCUUUAAAGAAAAUGUCUGUGUGAGCAGAGUGUGACAUCCCCUUCAUCAGAGCACAGGCUAAACAUCAAAUAUAUCGUGUUUCACCUGCAUGUGAAAGGUAACUGAUAAAAACCCAAGCGUCAAGACGUGGUUUAAUGGUUUUAU